AUGGCUAAGGAGAAAAAGGAGAAACAGGGUGGAGCUGGGUGUGCUGGUUUGGGCCAGGGAGGGUGGAUCUGGGUGAGCUGGGUGAGCUGGUUUGGGCCAGGGGGAGGGGGAGCUGGUGGAGAACUAGUGGGGGUGGAGCUGGUGGGUGAGCUGGGUGAGCUGUUUUGGCCAAGGAGCGGGGGAGCUGGGUGCGCAGAUUUGGGCCAGGGAUGGUGGAGCUGGUUGAGCUGGGUUGAGCUAGGUUUGGGCACACGGGUGGGAGCUGGGUGGAGCCGGGUUGGACUAUCAUGGGUGAGAGCUGGGGGAGUUACUUUUGGCCCGCACUAA